AUUUUUAUUUCAUCAAAACCUGACAACACAGUAAACGUCAGUUGACUUCGUCUAAUAAAAAAUCCGACUAUAGGUCUAUGAGUUCGUUGUACACAAUUCACAAUUAGCAAAGAGGGAGCUUAAAAAAACAUUAGAAAUGGUCAGUCAUGUAUCUAUAAAACUCGCAUCUGAAAGAGUAAAUCAUUCGGUUGCCUCAAAUAAUGACCCGCCGCGUUUUUACACUCCUGGCGAAGUCAUAACUGGGAUACAAGAUUUUAUGAGAGGCCACGGAACUUACGCAGAAGAUGAUUGCCUAAAAGCAUCUGUUGCUGGGGUUAUGCAAAAAGUAAAUAAACUUAUAUGCAUUCGCCCAUUGAAGAGUCGUUACGUUGGAGAAAUAGGCGAUGUGGUAGUCGGAAGAGUAUUGGAAGUUCAACAGAAAAGAUGGAAAGUUGAUACCAAUUCACGACUUGAUUCAAUACUUCAACUUUCUUCAGUAAAUCUACCUGGCGGAGAAUUGAGAAGGCGUUCAGAAGAGGAUGAGCAGAUGAUGAGAAAACAUUUACAGGAAGGUGAUUUGAUAAGCGCUGAAGUACAGAAUGUAUUUUCUGAUGGUUCGCUCUCAUUGCAUACAAGAAGUUUGAAAUAUGGCAAGCUUUCACAGGGAACUUUAAUAAAAGUAUUCCCGUCAUUGAUAAAGCGCAGAAAAAAUCAUUUUCACAACUUACCAUGUGCAGUAUCUGUCAUAAUAGGGAAUAAUGGAUAUAUAUGGAUUAGUCCACACAAAAGUGAUAUUCUUAUGGAAGGAAAUAAGGAUGCAAUUGAAAAUUAUGAAAUUCAGCCUGUUGGGAAAUCAGAAAGAGAAACGAUGGCGCGAGUGAAAAAUUGUAUUUUGGCACUUGUGGCAUCUAAGAUGAUGUUAGAUGAUACUAGCAUAAUGUUUGCAUUCGAAGAAAGUCUCAAAUACGACAAUGUAAAGGAACUCUUGGAUCCUGAAGCUAUGCUUGACGUAGCAUUUUUAACUCAGCAUAGAAUAAAUAUUAUUGCAGAAGAGUGAC